AUGUGGAGAUUCUAUCAAAGCAGGAACUAAUGCGAUGAUGGAAGUGAAAUACAAUAUGAUGGUUGCUUUUCAUGUUUGGUUUGUUGUGAUAUAUUCUGUGCUGUUUGUCAAUUAAGAGGCUGUGAAUAUUAUUAAACUGGAUACAAGAAAAUUGAUUAACAAUUUAUUUUGAUUGUGGAGAUGCGUGAUGAUGGCAAUUCUCUAAUGAAUGAUGGAUGCAAAAUUUGUAUAAUUGAUCAAGGAUAUAAAUGUUAAACGCUUGAUUAAAAGAUCUUUGUAUUUAAUACAAUCCUGAAUGUGCAGAUUCUGAGCUAAAAAAUGAUUAAUUAAUUUGUUUAUAAUGUAGUAAAGGCUACUUUAUUAGUUUUGGUGAAUGUUUAAAAUGUUCUGAACGUUGUUUAGAAUGCUAAAAUUGCCCUAAUUAUUAAGAUUGCCAAAAUGCAAUAAAAAUUAGGAAAUUAUAAUGAUUUUAGUUAAAAAAAAUGUACUGCAAUUUUUGGAGAUGGUAUCAUGGCUGGAAAGGAGGAAUGUGAUGACGGCAAUAAUUUGAAUUAAGAUAGAUGCAAUUAAAGAUGUGAAGUUGAAGUAGGUUUUUUAGUCUGUUUUAAACAUUUGUAUUAAAAAUGA